CUCCAAGAUGGCGCGUUCCGUCACGGGCUGACUCCGUUGGCGGCGCGCGCACCGUAGUGUUAGCACCGAGGGCCGUUCUCGUCCUCUUCCCCAGCAACGGCGGCUUCCGUAGGGGGUUCAUUCGUUCCUUAUCCUUGCUUUUUUCUUCUGUUUCCAUACACAGGUUUACAUUUUGAAAACAACUUGAACAUUUUACUAUUCUUCUGGAUUGCAUUGCUUUACAGAAUGAAAUAUUUUUUCUGACUGAGAGCUUAUCUAAUGGCUAUGAAUUUGUUUCCUGGAUAUACUUUCUAUGUUCUGCUGGAACACUGAAGCUCUUCAAGAUUAUUGUCUAUGUAGAAGCCAGCCUCUGUCAUACUUGAUUAAAGUGGUUAGAUUCUGCUAGCAAUGAGUUCUCAAAACCAUUCAGGAACUUCCCCAGUGCCUGUGAGAGGUCAGAAUACAUGUCAUUGAUGUGUCCACAACAGUACCUUUGCAAGUUUCACCAUCUAUAGUACCUAUGGAUCUUCACUUGGAUCAUCAAUUCUCCAUGCCAGUGACUGAACCUACAUUACGUGAACAGCAGCUCCAACAGGAAUUGUUAGCCCUCAAACAAAAACAACAAAUCCAGAGACAGAUCCUCAUAGCAGAAUUCCAGAGACAACAUGAACAACUUUCUCGUCAACACGAAGCUCAGCUACAUGAACACAUAAAGCAGCAACAGGAGAUUCUAGCAAUGAAACAUCAGCAGGAGCUGUUGGAACACCAGAGAAAAUUAGAACAGCAUCGGCAGGAGCAAGAGUUAGAGAAACAACAUAGAGAGCAGAAGCUCCAGCAGCUUAAAAACAAGGAGAAAGGAAAAGAAAGUGCAGUGGCAAGUACAGAAGUAAAAAUGAAAUUGCAAGAGUUUGUUUUAAAUAAAAAAAAGGCUUUGGCUCAGCGAAAUCUCAACCAUUGCAUUUCCAAUGAUCCUCGUUUCUGGUACGG